GGAAGGGUGUGAGGGACAGUUGUAAGGAUAGGGUGUCAUUCCUAUUUUUUUAAAGUACCCUGGGUCUCCAAGGCAGGAGAAUUAAAGAAGAUGGGAUAUAUCAAACUAUGCAACAUUGUGCUCUUCCAUUCCUCAUGUAAGAUGGCCUUCUACUGAGGCCCUGUCCCUUGCACAAGAGCAGCUUUCUGUUGAGGGGUUUGUCAGAGAAUUCAAGGAUGAAUUGAGUUUCCAGGUGGUGGGUAUUUAUGCCAUCCUAUUAAAUGAUGCUGGCUUUCCAUAUCUUGGUUUAUGCUUCAGGAUGGCUUCAUCUGGUCUUGUUAUGUGGAAGUUGCCAGAGACUUUAAAGGCUGAAGGAGGUUCAUUUUGGCAGUGAGAAUUUAUGUGCUUCUUAAUGAGUUCUUUGCCUCGUCUUUGGGGCUAACAAUUCUCUCAGCCUGGUUUGGUUUCUUUCUUGUUGUCUCCCACUCCUCCCAACCCAAUUUGCUGCUAUGGAGGCUUCACAACCCACUGGAGAUGCAGAAGAGUGUAGCAGCAGUGAGUCUGGGUGGACCAAGUACCUGGCAUCACCCAUGCAUGAGGGUGGUGAUAGUGAUGACCAUGAUGAUGUUGAAGGGGAUGAUGAUGAUGAUGAUGAUGAUGAUGAUGAUGACGACGACGACGGUGGUGGUAGAAGUAACAAAAACAGCAAUGGUGGUAAAGAUGAAGGUGAUGAAGAUGAUGACUCCAUGGCUUCUGAUGCUUCUACAGGACGAGCUCGCAACAAGCAUUCUUGCAAAAAAGGAUAUUUCCCAAGCAGGAGAAGAACAGAGAUGGAAAAACUCGGAAUCCUUUUCAAAGGGAAGCUGGUUCUGCCUCUUCACAGAGCAAUCCCAAGGCGAGGAAGCCCAACCUGAGUAAUAAAUGAUUUUAGCAAUGUAUCCUUCCUUGCUUGUUUUGUUAUGUAUCCUUUCUAUAUAUGAGCAGACUUCUCUUUGGUCCUCCUGAAAAGUACUUGAAGGGAAGAGCCUAUGGCUAGCUUCCGGAGCUCCUUUUCUCCGGUACAAGCUUUUGAAGCUUUUAACUGUACUUAAAAUAACAUAGCCUGGUCUAAAUACCUUACUUUGUAA